AAAGGUAAGCAAAUAAACAUAACCUAAGAGUUCCAGAAUUGUCAUACAAGGUUGGACAACAUUUUUUAUUUACUGCAUUAUUCGAGACAGGCUACAUUAUAUUUUUGGAGGCUGUGUUUCGAUCUUGUCCUACUAAUUUAUUUUCUUUUUGUGUGCGUGUAAAAGCUACAAACCAUAAAGCCGACGGCCGAUACAAGACAAAGCUAUAGUCACAAGCUAAACAGAACGAGCAAAGUUGUAAUAUAAGAAGAUAUUUCGGAGAUUCCUGCAUGGUCCAGAGCCAGACAAAGAAGGAGUCUCCCCCAAAUCGGGCUGGCAAUUGCCUCGCAGCAAAGCCAUCAACUAAACAAACAACAACAACAACAAGGUUGGACAAAAUAUUUAAGUAGCCUUUAUUAUCACAACAACUAUAGGUAAAAUAUGGGUUUUUUAACGGUAUUGAAAAAAAUUAAGCAAAAGGAAAAAGAAAUUCGCAUCCUGAUUCUGGGCUUAGAUAAUGCAGGAAAAACAACAAUCCUCAAAAGAUUCAACGGCGAACCGAUCGACACUAUUUCACCGACUUUGGGUUUCAAUAUAAAAACUCUAGAACACAGAGAGUUCAAAUUGAAUAUGUGGGAUGUUGGUGGUCAAAAGUCUCUUAGAUCAUAUUGGAGAAACUAUUUUGAAUGCACUGAUGGUCUUAUAUGGGUCGUUGAUAGUGCUGAUAAAAGAAGACUUGAAGAUUGUAUGAAGGAACUUCACUCUCUUCUCCUAGAGGAGAGACUCGCUGGAGCCACAUUACUUAUAUUUGCCAACAAACAAGACUUACCAGGAGCGUACAAUAUUGACCAACUAAAAGAGGCCUUGGAAUUAGAUACAAUCAAAACUCAUCACUGGAAAAUUGUAUCUUGCAGUGCUGUAACUGGUGAAAAUCUACUUGAAGGGAUUGACUGGCUUAUAAAUGAUAUAGCUGCGAGAAUUUUUACUUUGGAUUGAAAGUUGCCUUCCGGUUUUGACUAUCUGUGAUUUAUUUAAUGCUUUUUUAUAGUGUUUUGUACUAGGAUAAAAAAGAAGUCAUUUU